CGUAACUAGACAGCCAACUGCCUGCCGUGACUUAUUCGCGUUUCUGCAGCGCACGCGGCAAGUUGCAAGUUGUGACGGCAACAUUACGAAAUCCAAUUCCGUUGAGCAAGCAAAGCUUAAUUUCGGCUUAAUUUUCCGGCAAUUAGUGCAAAAAAAGCGUAGCUAAAUGUCCAGCGACGAGGACUCCCAAGGCAGUCCGCUUAAGCCAGCCACGCCCACAUCGCCACUGCCGGGCGAGCGUGAACGCGCGCGCAACAAAGCGGGACGCAAUGCCGAACUGCUGCGGCAUCAGCAAAGCUUCGAGGCGCGCUACAGCAGCAUUAUACAGAAUCAAAUCUGGGAGACGAGCAUCAACAAGGAUGUGCUCGAGCGUCAGCUCAACGCUUAUUUUCCAUUUGCGCGCAGCGCUUCACUUAACAAGGAUGCGCCAGGUGCCUUCGAUCAGCUGCUAAAGCCCACAUCCUCAGCAGAUGGUGGCACCUUGAAGACUCGCUCCGUGGGCACUACGCCUACGAAGCAGCGAGCGGCGGUUUGUCUGGAGAAACUCGACACUUUGGAUAUAGCUGAGCAGUCAGAGCAAAGUCAGAGCGAGAGUAAAUCAUAGGAAAUUUAAAUUGAAUAGGA